AACGGGAGAGGGGGCAUAUGAGACUGACAAUUGUUCCCUCAGACUGAUGUGCUCGAUUGAAGCGAACAUUAUCAGAUGAGAAUCUGAAUAAACUAGGGGACAAACCGGAACCACACAAACAGAAGACGAUUGAUGCCAAAAAAUAAAAACAAUCGGAAUAGGAUAUGCUCGGAAUAGGACUGACUUGCGCCCUGGCGAUGUUGGAAGACCAUGCGCUGUUAACGGAACGAUAGUUGGUUUCUUUCUUCAAGAGGACCACUAGACCAGCAGCCUUUCUUGGUCUAACCAUGUCUUUUGAAUUUCGAGCGCUGCUUUUCGGAAUUGUCACUAUGUUAGUGAUAUUUUUGAUAAUUGCUGACAUUUCUGAAGUGGAAGAAGAGAUAUCGAACAUUGGAGAAUCUCAGAAGUAUUAUUUGCAGAGCUCAGCUAACACACUCAACAGGAGUGUUGCGUUGGUGCCCAGCCCUACUCCUGCUCUGAAAUCCAAAGGAGACAACAGCUCCUCUGUUCAGUUAGCCAGAAACGGAACCACCGCGUCCCCUCCGGAAUGGACUUUUAACAGGACACUCUCCAACAUGAUCAGGAAGAAUAUCCUGAAGUUUUUAGACCCCGAGAAAGACAUUUCCAUACUGAAGGGAACUCUGAAGCCCGGAGAUGUCAUCCAUUAUGUGUUCGACCGCCAAAGCACGAUGAAUGUCUCCGAGAACCUGUACAGUCUCCUGCCCACGGCCUCGCCAAUGAAGAACCAGCACCACAAGCGCUGUGCCAUUGUGGGGAACUCUGGGAUACUGCUGAACAGUAGCUGUGGAUCUGAAAUCGACUCGUAUGACUUUGUCAUCCGAUGCAACUUGGCCCCGGUGGACGAGUUCAGCGCAGACGUGGGCCACCGCACCAGCCUGGUGACCAUGAACCCGUCGGUGGUGCAGCGCGCCUUCCAGGACCUGUCCAGCGAGGAGUGGCGUCAGCGCUUCAUCCGGCGGCUGCAGGACCUGAGCGGCAGCGUGCUCUGGAUCCCCGCCUUCAUGGCCAAGGGCGGCGAGGAGAGGGUGGAGUGGGCCAUCCGCCUGAUCCUCACGCACACGGUCAACGUGCGCACCGCCUUUCCCUCGCUCAGGCUGCUGCACGCCGUCAGAGGCUACUGGCUGACCAAUCAGGUGCAGAUCAAACGGCCCACCACUGGUCUUCUGAUGUACACCAUGGCCACGCGCUUCUGUGACGAGAUACACCUUUAUGGCUUCUGGCCGUUCCACAGGGACCAUCAGGGAAAGCGGGUGAAGUACCACUAUUACGACACACUCACCUACCAGUUCACGUCUCGCGCCAGCCCCCACACCAUGCCACUGGAGUUCCGGACACUGAGCUCGCUCCAUAGACAGGGGGCGCUCAGGCUGCACACCAGUGCCUGUAGUAGCCCUGCAGCUUGAACACCCCCAACCCCACCCCAUCUAAAAAGGGCCCCCUCCAAAACAAUGCACUAUACGCCCCCCUGACUGGGGUGGAGUGGAUGCUGGUGGGGAUAUCUAAGGAAGAGCACCUGUGUUUGUAUGCCAGCUCAGACCUAUGUUAGUCGGAUUCUGGGGAUUUGGAAGAGUCAGUGUUCCCUUUUUUAAAAAAAAAAAACACUUUUUAGAACAUAGUUAAUGCAAGCCCAUUGUUUGGCGCUGAAGUGAGCUCUUUGACUAAAUGUGGAAUAACUUUAGCCCCUCUUUGCAAGAGAUGGAUUUACAUUUUGAAUGUACUGACUGCCAAAAAAGGGAUUUGCGUAGUGUUUGUUUGUUUUUAAGCAUUCCAUUGUCAUUGGAAGUUUUAGGAUGCUACUUAACAGGGUACACAAAUGCUUUGGCAUUUGUACACUUAGGCAAGGUUAUGUUGUCUGACUCAACAUCUAAAGUCGGAAGGUGAGCAUUCAACUUUGUUGGGUUUUAUGCAAGUCAACAAGAUAAUUGCUGUUAAAUUCAGAAUCCUGUACAACCACCUGCCCGGUCUGAAGUUACAACAACUCCUUAGUUGUAACCGCUGAACGUGCACAAUGUUUACAAUUUCCUCAGUGUCUCACAGCAAACAUUAGAGAAAAUGACAGAGCUUACUGACAUGCAACAGUAGCACACUUUGAGGGUCUGAUUGAAAUGUAUUAUUCAUGAGCCAUAAAUGUCAGUAAAUUCACUGUUUGUAAUUUUCUAAAAGAAAGCUUGAAAAAAAUGUUGCAAAUGUUUGUUGUGCCUGCAAGGUAUAUAUUUUGCCACUAGAGGGAGCUGUUUUGAUGAAAUACAAAAAUGUUGAGGGCUCGCUUGCCUGCAGUUAGUGUGAUGAGUCAUUUUAAACAAGUGCCAGUUCAAUUAAUUCAUGGGGUCUCUCUUAAAUCACAUGGUACAGAAAUGUAUUGAUUGAAUGGAAAAUGAAUGUAACUGCAUGUUCAAGAGCUUAUUUAUAAAUGUGGCCAACAUUUUCCAACAGUGCAUACAUCCUCAUUGUUCUCCAUGAAAACAAGUUGCACACGCACGCACACUCUCUCUCUCUCACACACACACACUUUUUGGAAUGUAGUGUGGCGUGAGAUAAAGUUGGUGUUGCUAUGUGACACUGCUCAGUUUAUUUCCUUCUUAAGAUUCCAGGUUAAAAUGUUUCCCAUGUCUGGUUGAACUGGUUAGACAAUGAGUUUAAGGAAGUUGACCGCAUCAAAACCAACAGUGCUUCUUAUGUAGCUCUGUGAGUGGGCACGUUGGAAAUACAAUAUGUGUGCUGAUUGUAAGGUUAGACUCUGAGAGCCACUUUGUGGUAUGCAAAGUCUGGGAGAUCCAACAGUCAUGACUGGAAACACACCCAGCUGUUCACACAAUGAUAUUUACACAGGCCUGGUCAACAGCAAACCCUCUGUCCUUCAGCUUUCCUUCAAACUUCCUCCCUCUGUUUUUCUUGACGCUUUCUGAGCUUUUACAGAUAACACUAACUUAAAUUCGGUUUACUUUUACAUGAUGGUCUUUCUCAGUUUUGAAAAAGAUGAGCGUGAAGACUUAUUUUCCUCAUAUUUGCUACUGUGAUAGUAUGUGACUAUUAUUUGACCGUUUCUGUCAUCUUUUAUUAAAAAAAAAU